GAAAAAUAUGGACUGCUAAGCAACAUAUUCACAAUUCGAGUCAAUUUUUGAGCAAACUAUUUAAUCAGUAUCUUAAAUAGUGCCCAAUGUCGGUUUUUAUUGACUGCUCUGCCUACAUGGCGCUAGUAUAUGAGGGCUCCGCUGCAUUCCUUGUCAUGGUUCAGAUGAUAAACUUUUCCAAAAUCAUGAAGUUUGAUAUGUUGGACGUUGUGAUUAUACUUCAGGCGAUGUGUAAACUCCUUUGUUUUGGUGUCUUCGCCGUUGGUGUCGUUGGCCGCAACAAAUUGUUAAUGCGGCUGUGGCUGCUAAUGGCCUAUUUACAGAUCAGAUGGCUAGCCAUUGGAGACGUCUUUAUCACCAUCUUCCAUUAUUUGUUCAAUGACCACGACAAAAGCAGGCAGCAAUUUCUGCAAGAGUUAUCUGAUAAUCAUGGCCCUCUCAUUGGCCAAGUGCUGACUCGAUUUGGUAUUAUAUUGAUCGCCUAUAGAUUCUUUAAGUCCCUAGAGCCACGAAAGUCAAAGCAAUACGGCAUACCGCUUGACCAGGCAGCAGCCGAGCUAAAAGCGAAGUAAAUUGCACAGAACCAAGUCUUUUAUUGUUCAGC